AUGUACGGCCCGCUGGUUGAGCAUCGUGUACGGCCCCAGAGUCUGGCCGUUCAUCUUACUCCAGUAUUACCCAGCGGUACAUUAGGAAAGUCAAUAUACGUUGGCUGGACAGGUCUGGCUUCUUCCUCAUCCCUUGCUCAGUGGCACACUCGAGGAGGAGGUGCUGAGGGACCGCUGGAGACGGUCGAGAUCGAUGCGGGGUUCGCGACGAGCUUAGAGUUGAGAGAAAGCCAGGUGGUUGAAAUUGGGCUAUUGCAUGAUCUGCCGAUCGCGAAAUCGGUUAUUGCUGAACCUCUCACCGCCGAUGACUGGGAGAUCCUGCAACUUCAUGCUGAAUUCGUGGAGACAAAUUUCUUGUCUCAAGUUCGGGUCGCGCCUGUGGGUCAGGAAGUAGAUGUCUGGGUGUUGGGAAGAACACGUAUCAGGUUUAAGAUUGAGUCGAUCUCAUCCAAGAAUACCGUGGCUUUGCUGGCAAACGAAACUGAAGUUGCUAUCGCGCCAAAAUCUCGCGCUCGAGCCCAACCUGUUCCCCCUCCCCCAGCACCAGCACUUGUUGAACAACCAAAACCGGUCUCAGGGACAAAACACGUCAUGAGGGUCCUUCCACGGACAUUGGUGGAGAUUGCCGAUGGGCCUAUAUCUGGAGGUCCUUGCGCAUACAUCUCAUAUAACACGUUCGACGACCUGACCUGUGUACCCGGAUCGGAACGGGAAGGCACAGGUGGCCGGAGCUUCUACGGCACAGUGCGGAUCUUACAACCUCCCCCGAGUCAGAAACCUCCUUCAUCGGCACGAAGUCAACUGUCCGAUCAGAAAAGGGUGUUGAACACCUCUCGCGCGCCGGAUCAGGCCAAUGGAGAUGGAGAUAAGAAGAUGGAGGAGACGGAGGUGGUUUUGGUUGCGGAUUUGGCGGUCCCAGAUAAGCAUGUUGUGUUCCUAGGCGAUGUGUUGACGAAGGACUGGGAUAUCGUCAGCAUACAACUGUCAGGAUCACGCAAAACAACCGCCAAUGGCAAACGUGGAUCCCCUACCUAUUCAUCCAGCCAUGAACCGACCUCUUCGCAAAAGCUAGCCGGCGUACAAAACAUCAUCUCAGGAUCUUACGGUUUCUUCGCUCGCAGCCUCCGGCAUCGUGCAAAUGCGGGAGCUGUUUUGAUCUCAGGGAACCCUGGAUCCGGUCGUACCUCCAUUGCUAAGGAAAUUGCCCGUCGUUUGCGAGAAGAUCCUUCUGUCUUUGCUUACACCGAGUUCGUUGACAUGGUAAAACAUUCGGACGAUCGAAUCCCUAUUCUGCGGGGUGCGCUACAGGAGGCGAUUGAUAUUGCAGCAUGGCGAAGACCUAGCGUUCUGGUCCUGGAUAAUAUCGACAAGACUGUGAUGGCGGAAGUUGAGCACGUGGACCCCACACGCGCUCGUACUAUCGCGGAGUUGUUUGUAUCUCUUCUGGGACCGGAGUCUCGGCCUGCCGGGGUUGCCGUCUUGGCAACAUGUGAAGGAGCGCAUGCGGUGCACAACCUGUUGUCCGAAUCGCAUUUAUUCGGCGCAGUCUUCACGAUACCAACUCCUGAUAUGAAGUCUAGACAAGAGAUUCUUGCCACCGCCAUUGCCCACAAGAUCGGACCUGAUGCUUUAUUGGAAGGACAGCUUAACUUAGCUGCCCUUGCAAGUCAGUCAGAAGGCUACUCGGCUAGUGACCUACAGGACUGGGUAGGGCGAGCGAUUCACCAAUCGCUGAUUCGCUUGAAGGAUGUCCAUCCGACAGUAAUUAUCAGAGACUUCACCACAGCUCAAAUUGACUUUACCCCGUUGUCCUUGCGAGAUGUGAAGUUACAGACGUCUAAAGUUAAGUGGAAAGAUGUUGGCGGUUUGCAAGAAACAAAACGAAUACUACGAGAAACGUUAGAAUGGCCAACGAAGUAUGCAGCAAUUUUCGCAAAGUGCCCUCUUCGCCUGCGCUCUGGACUCCUGCUUUACGGGUAUCCUGGCUGUGGAAAAACCUUGCUGGCGUCUGCUGUGGCGAAAGAGUGUGGGUUGAAUUUCAUCAGUGUGAAAGGCCCAGAACUGUUGAAUAAAUACAUUGGAGCUAGUGAACAGUCGGUGCGAGAUUUGUUCAACCGAGCAACAGCUGCCAAGCCGUGCGUGUUGUUCUUUGAUGAGUUUGACUCGAUUGCUCCAAAACGAGGGCACGACAGCACGGGCGUCACUGAUAGAGUAGUGAACCAGCUCCUCACUCUAAUGGAUGGAACUGAGGGUCUUGAUGGCGUAUAUGUCUUAGCCGCAACAAGUCGACCCGAUCUUAUUGAUCCUGCGCUUCUACGGCCAGGGCGGUUGGACAAGUCUCUGAUGUGCGGCAUACCGACACAGGACGAGCGAGAAGACAUCUUGCGGGCACUUGGUCGAAAGGUACACUAUGCGACAGAGCUAGACUUGAAGAUGCUGGCUCGACACACAGAAGGAUUUACCGGAGCUGACCUCCAGGCAUUAAUAUACAAUGCUCAUUUGGAGGCAGUUCAUGCGUCCCUGAAAACGGCACCUACGGGCAUGGCUGGCCACACAGGAAGUGACGCUCCUCGCGCAACAGAAUUUGUCGCUCUGAAUGUUCAUUCCAAGGGCCCAGUAAUGUCCAAAGCUAUAGCCGCAGCACUGGAUGCUCGGGUGGAUCUGAUUGCUCGGAACAAGAAGGGAGCUGCGACGUCUUCGGCACUUGCUUCGAGGGACUCGACGCUACAUGAGAUUGGGGAAGAACAUCUUCUCUCAUCUCUGGCGAAUACUCGCCCAUCGCUGUCUUCUGAGGAGACACACCGCCUCUCGCGCAUCUACAGACACUUCAUGUCAGAUCGAUCUGGUGAUUUGCCUCUUCCGCCUGAUGCAGGCGGAGUCGGGCAUCGAGUGUCGUUGAUGUAAUGAAUAAUGCAGUUCA